CAUGCUUUCGCCCUGCGAAACUCUUCCUGAUGAUUCGCAGAUUUCGGCAUCUACGUAUUCGCAACCAGCCAUUAUGCAAGACAUCGCUUCCUAGGGCAGCUAUAAAAUUUCAUCAAUUCUCGUCAUGUGCGCAGAUGCAAUCUGAAGAUUUGUUCCGUUACACUUCCGGGAGAUGGAUGCGCGUUGUUUCCUUUGUCCUUCAAAGAAACCGUGCAUAGCUAAUGUCUCUGCAGUUAUAACGAAGGUCUACGGCAAUCUGAACGCCAUCUGCGCUUUAACGUGCAGGAGCUCAAACGCCUGAUAGCACAAUGUGUCAACAAGAACGAGAACGACGUGGUGCAGUUCGAGAAACUCGCUGAAGGUGGCUUUAACAGAGUGUUUCAGGCGUGCAUGUCCGACGGAACCCACCUUAUCGCUCGCGUUCCUUACUCUACGACGAUUCCGAAGUACUUUACGAUCGCAAGUGAGGUUGCCACGAUGGACUUUCUCCGAUCUCAAGGCAUACCUCUUCCAACAGUCUACGGGUACUCGGCCACACCUGACAAUAGUGCCGGAGUAGAAUACAUAAUCAUGGAAAUGCUCGAGGGCAAGUGCAUUGGGGAUCAUUGGCAUUCGAUGACGGAGGAAGAAAGAAUAAAAAUAGUGUUCCAGAUCGCGGAGAUCGAAGGGAAACUCUUUUCAAUACAGCUGCCUGCAAGUGGCAGUAUUUUUUACGUGGAGGAUUUAGACCCUGACAUUCCGAGAGUGGAUUUUCCGGGUCCUGAUGGAAAGCGCCGUUAUUGCAUAGGUCCUUCGACAAGCCUGAACCUGUGGUAUCAAGAACGGUCACUUCUCGACAUCGACCGAGGUCCAUUCACGAAUUCAGAGAAUGCUUUCAAAGCUGGCGCGGUAAAAGAGAAGGCAUACCUGUCAAAAUACGGACGUGAUCGACACCUGCACAACCGGCUAGCCAGAGAGGUCUUCAAGUACGAAAAACAGUCCCCAGGUCCCUAUCUUCAAACCCUGGAGGAUUUCUUGCUGGUAGCUGGUCAUAUAUGUCCAGGGAAGGAUAGCUUUCUCAGUCAUCCCACGAUCCGCCACCCUGAUCUCAACCCCAAUAAUAUAUCUGUCUCCGACUCAUUCGAAAUCACGGGCUUGAUUGAUUGGCAACAUUGUUCUGUUUUGCCACUCUUUCUGCAAUGCGGAAUUCCCACAUAUCUGCAGAACUACGGAGACGAGGUGUCAGAGGGUGUUGUUAAGCCGGAGCUACCGGGGAAUUUCGAUGCCCUAAAUGAGCAGCAACAAGGUGAGGCAUUGGAAACCUUUCAGAAGCGCCAGUUGCACUACUACUACUUGGCUGCCACGGUCAAACGUAACCCCGUCCACUUCGAUGCGCUGUGGGACGAUUUCACAAUGCUCAAGCAAAGGCUUUAUACCCAUGCGAGCAAUCCUUGGGAGGGUGACAAUGUGACCUUGAAGGUAGACCUGAUAGAAGCGGAACAAAACUGGUCAAAGAUUGUCACACCAACCGGAAACGAACCUCCACCCUGUCCUAUAUCUUACUCGAAGGCAGAGAUUGAGACGUGCUUCAACCUCUACCGUGAGAUGAAGGAGAUGGAUGAGCAACUGGACACAACCAUGGAAAGUCUAGGGGUGGGCUCCGAGGGAUGGGUUCCAAACCAGCAGUAUCGAGCAAGCAAAGCACUCGAGGCGAAGAUCAAAGAGCAGGCACUUGGAUUUGCAGAGUCAGAGCUGGAGAGACAGAUGCUUGAAAGUCAUUGGCCAUUUGAUGACCACGAUGAAGGAGAGUGAAUGGUUGAACAAGACGCCACAACCGUUUUACAAAUCACUUCUAUCAGAUGAUGGAUUCAGUCGUAGCGCAGCCAUUCAUCUAUCGGAUCGCAGAGUUAUUGCAGCACUUCUGCCAUCCAAAACUUUGCCACCUGUCCGGAUCCUUGUCAUUUCUCAAUGAUCAAUCCCGUUCGGAGUCUCCUGCAGUGACUCCUGAUCGCCCGAGACCGUGUGGACGGCAACGAACUCCCCAGAGCAGACCAAGGCUUCUCUGUAGAAGAGUGGAAUAAGGACCAGACAUUGCAACAGCGAUCCGCCGACAUUCCUGCAUUGUACCCUGGAAUCGUCGGCUCCGUGGUAAGAAGUAUUAAGAGACACGGAGGCUUUAUAGUCGCCAUAUCAACGUGACAGCCACAUUACUCAAGGAGUGUACGAGACGAUGGUUGAUCGUACCAUAUCGGAUCUGCAGGACGUUCUGUACCAUACGAACCGGCUCUCACGCCUAUGCGUCGAAAGUCGAAGCUUCACAUGACUCGUUGGAAGCUUGGCCAUCUGAUGGGAGAAGAGAAGGCAAGCCCUGAGCAUUGUCUGCCUCUCUUCCAGCAACUUCCCUUCCAAAUCCACAGGGUCCAGACAGAGAAUCUCGAGACCAGCCGGUUGAGGCGUGAGACACUAGGCUGUCUUGACAUCGAAAAGACGAGCUAAGCACGACUCAUUCUGACGACUCACAGGUUGUAAGCGUUCCCACUGCCAAUCAAAACAAUCUAUUGUGAUAUUAGUUCUAUUCCAGUCAUGGCCCGUCUAUCUUCUGUUCCUUUGGAACUCUUGUGGCCUUGCUUGCCCGUUCCUCGGCUCAUACAUACAUGGAGAUGUUAAUAACCAUUGACCGAACUAUCCCCAACCUCCAGAAUCCCUAGCUCAGAAUGUUUGAUCCUCUGCAAAGUUUCCAAUCGCCGGC